AGGACAGUGGCGCCCUGAAUGUAGCCCCGGCAUCGCGAGUGUGGGAUGCUCCCAGCGCUAAACAAAUCAAGAUUGAGCCGGUCAGAACGCGACAUGGAUAUCAGCAUGUGCGAAACAUGCAACCCCGAGCCUUCGUCGUGAUGCGGGACUGCAGUAGAGUCGAAACAUGCGAAUGCUGUACUGGCAUGUGCUGCCUAGGUAAACACCAUGGCACUUGUCGCGUGCAAGCGUGAGCGCGAGCAAUCGUCCGGGAGCUUGGGAAGUGAGGGGACGCAUGCAUGAGGUGGGAUGUAACCUUAUUUGAUGAUUGUGAUGAGCAAUGGAAACUGAUACGCUGCGAUAUAGGGCUGGCGAUAAGUUUAGCCGGCUGCGUUUGCGUUCCGAAAGUUGGGGUACGUUGCAUAAAAAGGUCAGUCAUGUGACGCGGAAAAACGAGGCACCUCAGAGGCGUGCCGGGUUACGCUGCAGACACGGUAAAACGGCCAAGACCAGCUCACCGGCGAUACGGACAGGUCAGGAUGUUCGGCGAUUCCGAAGAGAAUCUCUUCCGCAUUCUGUGUUUAUAUGUCGGCAGUUCGGCCCUGGUCACGUAACUCUGGUUGGGACGCAGUUCUGUAUUUACCAGAAACAAGUAGUAGGGACAAAAGCUGUAAGGUCUUUGUGGCGCGUUCGAGACGCAGAGCGCGUGUUGGGCACCAGGCCCAACAGUUUUGCGGGAUCCAGCGGGACAUGGUGUUGUAGUGAGACCCGUCAUGCACAAAGCGCGCGACGGGAUCUGCACGCGGAGUUGCUUUUCAGGCAUCCGGAGAUGGACCGGGCUGGAAAAGCCCCCGAAGCUCUCCACGCUGCUUGCUAAGCUGUGUGACCUGCGCGAAACGGCCGGACCAGUGCGAUGGGUGCAAAGUGCAUAGAGGCGGUGGAAAGCGAAAUGAGGCAGAGCAAGCUGACCACG